AUGUCUGGAGGUAUAAUCGAGGAAAAAGCUGUCCACGACGCUCUAGACGCUCUUCUACGUGCUAGAGAGCAUUCUGGUGUCGACGUUGCAACAAAUCCGUCUCUGAAGCGUUCCUAUCCUGACGACUCUGAGCCGAAUCCCGUGAAGAGGUGUAACAUCGACGGAGCCAUGGAUGCAAGCGGGAUGGUACAACAGAUGGGAUUCGGGACGACCUCAAUGAUUCCAACAGUUCCCGGUGCGGCAGAAACUGUUGUAGAAAUUAUCAGUGUUCCAGAGAACACUGUAGGCUUGGUAAUCGGUAGAGGUGGAUCUGAGAUCCAAAACAUCCAAAGUACAACAGGAUGUCGCGUGCAAAUGAGCCCAGAUGGUGACCCUGGGGCAGGCGUUCGUCAGUGCACACUUCAAGGGAGCAAGAUGGCGGUUGAAAGGGCAAAACAAAUGAUCACUGACGUCAUCACAAGGGCAGCAUCGCGGCCAUCAGCACAGAGCUUCGCUGCUCCAGAUGGACGUGCAAUCACCGUUGAGAUGAGUAUACCAGCCACUAAAUGCGGCCUUGUAAUUGGAAAGAUGGGCGAGACCAUAAAGCAACUUCAAGAACAAGCUGGUUGCAAAAUGGUAAUGAUACAAGAUUCACAAGAAGUUACAGGCCAAGCGAAGCCUUUACGUAUAACCGGUGAUCCAGAAAAAGUUGAGAUAGCAAAAAGACUUGUAACAGAUUUAAUCAAUUCUCGGGAAGACAAUGGGUCUAUACCGCGGCUUUAUUCCGAGCAAGCUACCGCAAAAGGAGAAGUCGUGGUCCCUCGAGCUAGUGUUGGAAUGAUUAUAGGGAAAGGAGGCGAAACUAUAAAAAGGCUUGCCAUGGAAACAGGAACUAAAAUCCAAUUCAAAGCCGAUGACGAUCCCACUUCACCCGAUCGUUGUGCCGUUAUCAUGGGUUCCAGAGAGCAAAUUUAUAAAGCUACCGAACUUAUCACCGAGUUAGUACACAAAAGCUGUAGCGGUUCAAUGAUGACUGGUCAGACAGAGGCAUUCUAUAUGCACGUUCCUUCCAACAAGACGGGUCUCGUUAUAGGUAAAGGAGGAGAGACUAUUAAGCAGAUUAAUGCGGAAAGUGGCGCCCACUGCGAAUUAUCCCGUGAUCCUCCACCGAAUCCCCAGGAAAAGGUAUUUAUUAUCCGUGGUACUCCAUAUCAAGUUCAUCAUGCACAACACAUCAUCCGUAUCAAGGUUGGCGACAUUGCUCCAGGCACGCCAGUGCCUCCAUUCACAGGUGCUGGCGCACCAAAUGGUAAUAACUUCAGUGUUUCCCAAUAUAAUGGACAGUACGGUGCUAGCCUAUGGAAUAAUACAUAUGGUCAACAAGCCGAUGCUGGAAAUGGCUGGGCAAGUCAGGCGGGACAGUACUAUACCGGAGCGGCGGCAAAUGCUCAAAAUUCCUAUGGGAACAUGCAAGGAUACACCUACGUGCCUCAAUCUGGCGCACAACCUGCGGCAACAUCGCAGAGUUCGAAUACAACGUCGUCCGGUCCUACUAUCAACCCGCAGACAGGACAGCCCGACUACUCCGCUCAGUGGGCGGAAUACUACAGGUCCAUGGGCCUUCACGAUCAAGCAGCGCUGAUCGAAGCUCAGAUGAAACAGAACGCAGCGCGCACUGCUGCUGCCUCGGCUAAUCCACCACCACCAGGAACCACGCCUACUCAAUCGACGUUCUCAAAUGCAGCGUAUCCGGCUACGUCUGCGGCUACCGCCACAUCACAGUACUCCGGCUAUUCAGGUGCACAAACGCAAAAUUUUCCCGCGACGGGGCAGUUUCAGUCCCAACAGCAGCAGUUUUAG